AUGUCGAUCCUCCCCGCUGAUGUUCAUGCGGAGCUGACCCAGCUUCUGCAAGCUCUCCAGUCUGCCGACAACAACACUCGAGCCCAGGCUGAAGAGCAUCUGCAAAACAACUGGACGAACACCCGUCCCGAGAUCCUGCUCAUGGGCCUUGCUGAGCAAGUUCAGGCCGCAUCUGAUACUCCGGUGCGCUCCUUUGCUGCUGUUAUCUUUCGCCGAAUCGCUUCGAAAACCCGCAAGAAUGAGAGGGGCGACUCGGUAGACAUGUUCAUUUCGUUGGCCACCGACCAGGCUGCUGUCAUUCGCCAGAAGCUUCUCGAAACACUUGCAGGCGAUUUCGACCGCUCCGUAAGGAAUAAAAUCAGUGAUGCCGUUGCCGAAAUCGCUAGGCAAUACACGGAGAACAAUGACUCCUGGCCCGAGUUGCUUGGCGCACUCUUUCAGUUGAGCAUGGCCCCUGAGGCCGAAAAGCGGGAGACAGCCUUCCGCGUGUUCGCCACGACUCCUAGUGUGAUCGAGAAGCAACACGAGGAGGGCGUCAUGCAGGCCUUCCAGAAAGGCUUCAAAGACGAGUCGAUCCAGGUCCGCUUAGCUGCCAUGGAGGCCUUCGCAGCCUUCUUCCGGAGCUUGGGCAAGAAGGCCCAGGCCAAAUACUACCCGCUCAUUGCCGAUGUUCUCAAUAUUCUACCCCCCAUCAAGGAGACACACGACUCUGAAGACCUCAGCGCCGCCCUCGUUGCUCUUAUCGACUUGGCCGAAACUGCUCCCAAGAUGUUCAAGAGCCUGUUCCGUAACCUUGUGCAGUUUAGCAUCUCCGUCAUCCAGGACAAGGAGCUCGACAGCCUGUGCCGCCAGAACGCUCUCGAGCUCAUGGCCACAUUUGCCGACUACGCGCCCUCAAUGUGUCGUAAGGAUGAGUCCUAUACCAACGACAUGAUCACGCAGUGUCUGAGCCUCAUGACGGAUCUCGGCGAGGACGACGAUGAUGCAGCCGAGUGGCUUGAUUCCGACGAUCUUGACCAAGAAGAGAGCGAUCUGAACCACGUCGCAGGAGAGCAAUGCAUGGACCGUCUUGCCAACAAGCUUGGUGGCCAGACGAUUCUCGCCCCGACUUUCAACUGGCUUCCCCGGAUGAUGACUUCCAUGGCGUGGAAGGAUAGGCACGCGGCCCUGAUGGCCAUUUCUGCCAUCUCUGAAGGUUGCAGAGACCUCAUGAUCGGUGAGCUAAGUCAGGUACUCGACCUUGUCAUACCUGCCUUGAAGGAUCCCCACCCGCGUCCAUCGUACCCGUGCUCGAGUCUCCCAGAGCCCCGCGUUAAAUCGCACGCAGCUGCUGCUCUGGUCAACUUUUGCGAAGAGGCCGAGAAGGAGACUCUCGAACCCCAUCUCGAUGGCUUGCUGUCACACCUGUUCCAACUUCUCCAGAACGACAAGCGCUAUGUGCAAGAGCAAGCUCUUUCCACUAUCGCCACCAUUGCCGAUGCUGCAGAGGCUGCCUUCGGCAAGUAUUACGACUCUCUGAUGCCUCUUCUUGUCAACGUUCUUCAGCGCGAUGACGAAAGGGAAUUCCGUACCCUUCGCGCCAAGGCCAUGGAGUGUGCUACCCUGAUUGCGCUGGCUGUCGGCAAGGAGCGUCUUGGGCAAGAUGCCAUGACCCUUGUUCAACUUUUGGCCAACAUUCAGGCCAACAUUACGGAUGCCGAUGACCCCCAGACGCAGUACCUCAUGCACUGCUGGGGUCGUAUGUGCAGGGUGCUCGGUCACGAGUUUCUGCCUUUCCUCGCCAAUGUCAUGCCUCCUCUGCUUGAGCUAGCGAGCGCAAAGGCCGACAUCCAGCUCUUGGAUGACGAGGAGCAGGUAGAGCAGAUCCAGCAGGAGGACGGCUGGGAGCUGGUGCCACUCAAGGGUAAGAUGAUCGGCAUCAAGACAAGUACAAUGGACGACAAGAACAUGGCGAUUGAGCUCUUGGUUGUGUAUGCCCAGGUACUCGAAGGCCAUUUCUCGCCCUACGUUGCCGAAAUCAUGGAGAAGAUUGCUAUCCCGGGCCUUUCUUUCUUCUUCCACGACCCCGUCAGAUUCGUCUCGGCCAAGUUGGUGCCUCAGCUGCUGGGUUCCUACAAGAAAGCCUACGGCUGCCCUUCAAACGAACUUGCAGGCCUAUGGACCGCAACGGUGGACAAGCUGCUGGAAGUCCUCACGGCUGAGCCGGCCAUUGACACAUUGGCUGAAAUGUACCAAUGCUUCUACGAAUCUGUCGAGGUUGUGGGCAAGGGCUGCCUCAGCGCCGACCACAUGUCCAAGUAUAUCGACUCGGUGCACUCGGCACUCGAGGACUACAAGGAUCGCGUAGCACAGCGUGCGGAAGAGAAGGAGGGCGCGACAGCAGACGAUGUUGAGGAUGAGGCUGAGGAGACGCUGAUGGCCAUCGAGGAUGACCAGACGCUCCUAUCAGACAUGAACAAGGCGUUCCACGCCAUCUUCAAGAAUCACGGCGCAGCAUUCCUUCCGACUUGGGAACGGCUUAUGCCCACGUACGAGGGGUUCCUCAAGUCGACUGAUCCUACACAGCGCCAGUGGGGCCUCUGCAUCAUGGACGACGUGCUGGAAUACUGCGGGCCGGAGAGCAGCCGAUACGCCAACGUCAUCACGCAGCCGCUGAUCGACGGCUGCCAGGAUGUCUCGCCGGCAAUCCGGCAGGCGGCCGCGUAUGGCAUCGGCGUGGCGGCGCACCGAGGCGGCGCACCCUGGGGCCAGUUCCUCGGGGGGGCGCUGCCGUACCUGUUCCAGGCAACACAAGUGCCAGACGCACGCAACGACGAGAACGUGUAUGCAACGGAGAAUGCGUCCGCGGCUAUUGCCAAGAUCCUGCACUACAACGCAAGCCAGGUACCAGAUGCGCAGGCCGUCGUAGGCCAGUGGCUCGAGACAUUGCCCGUUACCAACGACGAGGAAGCGGCACCGUAUGCGUACGCUUACCUUGCAGAGUUGAUUGACCAGCAAAACCCCGCAGUGAUCGGGCAGGCAGGCAAGAUGUUUGUCAUGAUCGCGCAGGCGCUCGAGAGCGAUGCGCUUCAGGGGCAGACAGUGACCAGGGUAGUGGCGGCUACCAAAGCGCUGCUCGCCAAUGCGGGCGUGGACCCUGCGCCCCUGCUGCAGCAGUUCCCUGCGGAAAGCCAGCAAAGGGUUGCGGCCUACUUCGCCAAGGUGCAGGAAGAUGAAUGCACGCUUGAGGUAGGCCGAGCUGAUGCCGUUCUUGCAGAGGAGCUGAGCAGAAGUGCUGUUGGGUACUUCAGGAGGUUGACGACGCAAGACCAACAACGCCCGACACGCCGGACUGAUGCCUUCGUCAGCCUGUGCGAUGCCGAUGAGGCCUCAAGAUUGAGUCAGUCGGAUAGCAAUGGUGAAUGUGCAAGUUCGGAGCGCUUGGAUGUGAGAUGA